UCACGUUAUAACAAUUGGCGACGGGGUGAAGAAAAGAUACAAUCCAAAGUCAUCCUGUAAUUGGACGAAAUCCAGUCUAAUUAUCAACCAAUCAGCAUCCAGCUUGUCGUCACUGUCCUUCAACGACAUUGGUCAUUAGUCAUACAGUAAUUUUCAUCACAGGUGCUGAUUCGAAAAAAAUGACUCUCCCUUCCGAUCGAUUACAGCUGCUCUUUGAACGACAUUUGGAGUUAUUAGUCAAAUUCCGCAUGCAGCUGCUAAAUCACUCAUGUUAUGAAGACGCAUCGGAAGUGGAUGGAUGGAUAUCUCAAUUACACAGUGAGCUGGAAAAUGACAGCAGCCUCCAUGAAUCCUCGAUGAACUGUACUUCAAACGAAACAGUCAUCCAUGAUGCGCCCAGUGGUCCAGUACUUUCUAUUCCAGAAACAUGCCCGGUAAUGGAGUCAAACUCCAUCAUCCCCGAAACAGCAUGUACAGGCAGUAGCAUAUCCAGCUCACGAAAAGAUCCUGUUGUUUUGCCAGAAAAUGUGUCCCAUACAUCAAAUAAUGGUCAGAAAUCUAAUACAAUUUUGAUAGAUGCUGUUUGUUUUAGUGACCUAUUAUCAACUAAUGGAAUUUUGAAGAGAUCUGAUGGAAAUGUUUCACAAAAAUCAAACCCUAAUGACCUCAUAUCUACUGUCGCUGAUCCUCACCAUCUAAUCAGUUCUAGUGGACUCUCUAUUCAAUGCGGGAAAUAUGCUUCAAAUAGAGUCACACUAACUGUUCCUUGGGUAUACGAGGACCCAACAUUAUUUCGAGGGGGAGGAUAGACGCGAGAAAAAUUUAAAAUCUGGACAUCAACUCCGGAUCUCCAAAAAAGGGAGGUGUUGGGAUAUUCAGGAAAAUAUCCCAAAAAUUAUCCUGUUAAGCCUAAUGCUAUCCUUGGA